ACAAUCCAUGCAUCGACAAGUUUUCAAGCAUCAAUUCAGCAAUGUUUAGGACUUUGAGGGUGUGUCGCCACCAAGCACCGCGCUUGAAGCGCCUCAGUAAUGCUGGACUCUGCAUAAGGUGGAAUUCCGUCUCCUCCCGCAAGUGGUCUACUCCAUUGGCCAAGCAGAUUGCGGAAGCAAUUCAGACAACAGGUCCAAUUUCAUUAGCGGCCUAUAUGCGACAAUGCCUUACCUCACCAGAUGGAGGCUACUACACUUCAAAGGUUGAAGGCCGCGAUCAGUUUGGGCAGAAGGGAGACUUUAUCACCUCGCCGGAAAUAUCUCAGACUUUUGGAGAGCUUCUAGGGAUCUGGAUAGUGGCGGAAUGGAUGGCGCAAGGCAGGAAAGGCAGCGGCGUUGAGCUUAUUGAAUUGGGUCCAGGAAGAGGGACACUGAUGGAUGACGUCUUACGAACUCUCCGCAACUUUCAACCUAUGGUGUCUAGUGUUGAAGCAGUCUAUCUAGUUGAAGCCAGUCCGACGCUGAGAGAAGCUCAGAAGCGGCUAUUGUGUGGAGACGCGCCCAUGGAAGCUAUUGACAUUGGAUACCAAAGUACGAGCAAAUACUCACAGAUUCCUGUGAUAUGGUGCGAAGACCUACGUUUUGUUCCUAAAGGCAAUGAGAAGGCGCCAUUUAUAUUAGCUCAUGAAUUUUUUGAUGCCCUACCAAUACACGUCUUCCAAUCAGUGUCCCAAGCGUCCAGCAAAUCCAAGCUUAUAACAUCCUCCACAGCUCCCACCGCGCAGCAGUCUGAAAGGCCGCAAUGGCGAGAAAUGCUCGUCUCACCUACUCCACCCUCUUCUACUCACGAAAUGCUGUCGACUCCAAUGUCGCAGCGCAGCUCCAGUCAAGUUCCAGAAUUUCAACUUACCGUCUCAGAAGCACCCACGCGUCACAGCGCUUUCCUGCCUGGGAUAUCCAAAAGAUAUUCUGAUUUGCUCUCAAAUUCGGAAUCAACAAUUGAAAUUUGCCCUGAAGGGCUUGCUUAUGCUCAAGAAUUCGCCCGGCGCAUCGGGGGUACACAUAAAGAAGCCAAGAAAGCCUCAGGAGCAGCACUAAUCAUUGAUUACGGACCGUCGUCUACGAUACCCGUCAACUCCUUGCGGGGCAUUCAGGCCCAUCGGACUGCUUCUCCUUUUACGUCUCCUGGUCAAGUCGACUUGUCAGCUGACGUGGAUUUUAUGGGACUUGCUGAAGCUGCACUCAAAGCUAGUCCUGAUGUUGAGGUUCAUGGACCGGUCGAGCAAGGCUCGUUCUUGUUAGCGAUGGGAAUCAAGGAACGAGCGGAGCAGCUAAUGCAGGGCCAAAGUGAAGAUAGUCGCAAGCGAAUUGAAAGCGGGUGGAAGCGCCUGGUGGAAAGAGGGGUUGGUGGAAUGGGAAGGAUAUAUAAAGCUAUGGCAAUUGUUCCCUUUUCUGAAGGCAAGAGGAGACCAGUUGGAUUUGGAGGUGAUAUAUAGAUGGCUACUUGUGAAGAUAAUUAGAAAAUUUGGUUCACUAUUCAAGCAGCAUUUUUUGCAAUUGAUUUCCUCGUUUUUAUCUCUCAUGCGCGGUUCUUCAUUUGAAUUUUAGAGUGAUUUUGUGUCAAGCGAUGACGAUAUAGCUGGCCAGGGCCCGAUAAG